AUGGAAUACAACACCUCCGUCGAUGAAAAGAAGGGGGCUCCCCAGGUCGACGCGGACGUGGAAGUCCACCGCCUCCCCUUGGAUGCGGUGCCCAAGGGCCGCUGGGAGCGCAUGUGGCCCGUCAUUGCUUGCGGUGCCGGUCUGUUCUCGGACGGUUACUUGAACGGGGUUAUCGGCCCUGUCAACACCAUUCUUAGCACAAUCUACCCCGAUACGUAUAGUACAUCUCCUGCUAGUCAGAAUGUCUCGUCUAUCGCCUUCGUCGGCACUGUCAUCGGCCAAUUGGCCUUUGGCAUCUCGAGUGAUUACUGGUCUCGCAAAUGGUCGCUGUUCAUCUCGACUAUCAUUCUCAUCGUCUUUGCUGCGUUGGGUGCCGCUUCAUACGGAUACCAUGACAGCCAGACUGGUCUUUUCGCUGCCCUGACCGCCUAUCGCUUCUUCCUGGGUAUUGGUAUCGGCGGCGAAUACCCCGCCGGUUCAGUUGCUUGCGCCGAAAGCACCGGCGAGCUCGAGUCGGGCAGUCGAAACCGCUGGUUCAUCAUCUUCACCGACUUCAUGAUCGACUCUGGAUUUGUGGUCGCCGCCAUCGUGCCCACUGUUCUCGUUGCUAUCUUUACCGAAGACCAUCUGCGCGCCGUCUGGCGCAUUUGCCUGGGUCUAGGUGUCAUCCCUCCGCUGAGUCUCUUGUGGUUGCGAUACAAGUUGAAGGAGCCCGAGGAGUUUAACCGCGAGCGCAUGCGCUCCUAUCCCUACUUGUUGAUUCUCAAAUAUUACUGGAAGCGACUGUCCGUCGUCAGCUUGAUUUGGUUCCUUUACAACUUCUCCUCUUUCUCUUUCAGCAUUUACUCGUCCAGGUGGAUCCAGAUCAUCAUCGGUGACGAUGCCCCGCUAUGGAAGACCUUUGCUUGGUCCAUUGUUACCAACGCCUUCUACCUCCCUGGAUCUCUCGGAGGUGCCUACUUGAGUGACUGGAUCGGCCCCAAGGCUACCCUGGGCUGGGGUGUUUUGGCCCAAGGUGUUGUCGGUUUCAUCAUGACCGGCGCUUACGAAAAACUGGCUACGCCCGAGUAUGUUGCAGCAUUCGUGGUCGUUUUCGGCAUCUUCUCCGCCCUUGGAGAGCUGGGCCCUGGUGACAACAUCGGUCUUCUUGCAUCCAAGAGCUGCUCAACUUCGGUUCGAGGCCAAUAUUAUGGAAUUGCGGCCGCUGUCGGAAAGAUUGGCGCUUUUGUGGGCACCUACGUCCUUCCAAUUGCCCAAAAAAAUGCCCCGAAUGCGACUCGCGCUGGCCAGGAUCCCUUUUUGAUUUCCAGCGCGCUCUGCAUUUUCAGUGCCUUUCUUUGCUGGGCCUUUGUGCCUUAUAUUGGACAAGACACAAUUUCGGAAGAGGACAUUCGCUUCCGCGAAUACUUGGUCGCUAACGGAUACGACACUUCCACCCUGGGCAACAAGACUGACGAGUAA